GAAGCUCUCUCUGACGGACCAGCAGCUGCCCAUGUUCAUCCGGCUGAUGGAGCUGGGUGUCGCGCUGUAUUACGGAGAGAUGGGCGUCCAUCGAGACGCAGAGAAGGAGGAGAGCGGCUCGCUUCGAGAGAGCGUCUCUGGUCUGAUGGACGCGUCCGAUCCGGCUCUGACGGGUCAGUACUUCCAGGGCGAGGAUGAAGAUGAAGGCUGGAUGUCGUGGGCCUGGUCCUUCGUCCCGGCCAUUGUGAGCACCGGAGAGGAGGAGGGCGAGGGCGAGUCUGGCCUCUACACAGACACACAGGAGUCUGGAGCCACCCAGUGA